UAAUAAUAAUUAUGGAAAAAUAUAAUCUCAGACAAACUUAAUGCUACAUUAACAAACUUUUUUAGUAAGUGUUUGAUUCAGGUAUCAAUACCGUAUAUAUAAGGAUGGAGGGAGUAUCGUUCUAUAUUUGGACUCCCUUAAAUUCCUGGUGCAUUGAUCAGUGUCAACAUUCCUGCCAUUCCUCUUUAAUUUUUGUCCAUCUCUUGGAUUUUAUACCAAACACACCAUGUCAAUUUGGAGUGGCAUGAAUCUAAAUCAGUAACUACUAUGAAAUGCUUAAAUACAAUACUAAUUUUAUGUUACAUUCUUGGUAUGUGAUAUCUUUCUCAUUACGUUUUUUCUCAUUUUCUUACUCUAUAUUAACAUUGAAUUAUUCUCAUGGGAGUUUCUAGUACUGAAAUCCAAUAUUCAUUAUGACAGCAUACUGGAAUGUUGAGAAGGGCGAGGUCGUUUUAAAUGAUUCUGUUGAUAUAUCAAUUGCAGUUGCCACGGAUAAGGGCUUGAUGACUCCAAUAAUAAAAAACGCUGAUCAGAAGACUAUCUCUGCUAUCUCCUCAGAGGUCAAGGAACUAGCUGCAAAGGCACGUGAUGGCAAGUUGAAGCCACAGGAAUUCCAAGGGGGGACGUUUAGCAUUUCAAACUUAGGAAUGUUUCCGGUGGAUAAAUUUUGUGCAAUUAUAAAUCCCCCUCAGGCCUGCAUUCUUGCUGUUGGGAGAGGCAACAAAGUUGUGGAACCAGUACUUGGAGAUGAUGGAGUUGAGAAGCCAUCGGUUGCCACUAAGUUGAACUUAACGUUGUCUGCUGAUCAUCGUGUUUUUGAUGGCAAGGUUGGAGGUACGUGUUACUGGAACACUUAAUUACCUGAUGGAAACUAGGAAGAGAUUUGAUUACUGUUA